UAACAUAAGAGUAUGCUCAGAAAGCCUAAGCUAAUGAGAUUUUGUUCGUGUUUGGCUAGGAUCUUGUCUCCAAUUUAGACAGAAUUAGAAAAAAUAAACAUACAAGCCAUCGGCCGCGAACACUUUGGGUGAGGAAGAAAAACACUCAAUCUCAAUUUCCUCAGAACCAGGUUAAUUAAAAUGGUGGCAAAACAUCAUUUUACACGAGUGGACACGAUGGAGCUGAAAAAUCUUAUUUAUCAGAAGAUUGGGCAUGCGAGAGCAGAAAAGUACUUUGAUCAGCUGAAAAGAUUUUUCAGUUUACAGCUUAGCAAGGUCGAAUUCGAUCAGAGUUGCAUAAAAACAAUUGGAAGAGAGAAUCUCUCUCUUCAUAACCGGCUUAUUCAAUCCAUUCUCCAGAACGCUUGUCAGGCUAAAGUUCCCCCACCAAAAGCUAGGAAACCUAAAGCACCUCUUGGGGUUAAAGUUGCGAAUGGUUACCAAAGAAAUUGUAUGCAAUCUCUCUAUGGCGAUGCAUUUCCCCUGUCUCCUCGCAGGCAUAGAUCUCCUGUCAACAGGGAUCGUAAGUUUCGGGAUCGCCCAAGUCCACUUGGACCGCUAGGAAAGAGCCCUAGCACCACAUUUGAAGAAACUAGUCCAAGAAUACACGAACAACAAAGUGGAGCAGAACUGAAUUGUCUCAGUAGCAGACCACCUAUUGAAGUUGCUCCUGUUGAAGAAGGGGAAGAGGUUGAACAAUUUGCUGGAAACUUAGGCAUUCGGAGGCGAAGCCCUAUUACCGCUCCGUUUGGUGUUUCAAUAAACAUGGGUUGCUCUCGUAAAGCUCUUCAACGCAGUUUCGUGUUUAACACUUGUCAAAAUGGUGGCGAGUUACCUGAUACGAAAAUGUUGAGGAGUUGUUUGGAGAAAAAGUUGGAGUUGGAGGGGGUUGGAAUUUCAUCGGAUUGCGCUAACCUGUUAAAUAAUAGUUUGGAUGCGUAUUUGAAGAGGUUAAUUGAACCUUGUAUGGAGAUUGCAAGAUUGCCAGGUAAUCAUAUGCACGAGGGAGAGUUAAACGGUCAAAUAAGUGCCAGAGGGAACGGGGCAUUACUUGGAAGUUAUGCACAAAGACCAAGCCACUCGACAUUUGUAAGUAUGUCUGAUUUUCGUGUUGCUAUGGAGUUGAAACCUCAUAUUCUUGGGGAAAAUUGGCCAGUAAAACUUGAGAAGAUCUGCGCUCGUGCCUUUGAGUAAACAGAAUUGAUAACGAGCAACUCACUAUUGGACAGGUUGCUAAAGGCAGCUCCUGAAAUGCUCUUUUGAUGCAUAUUGAUUCUUUGUUGUAUAUUGAUCACCAAUUAUAAGUGGUACCCUGAAGCAUCACAAAAGAAGACGCAAUUUGUUACUUAAAUUUUGAGUUUCUUAGGCUGGUUGCAGUUAAAUGUUAUUAAUGCUAGUUGCUAGGAAGGGAGUUAUGUUUAUACGACCAUUUUAGUCAUUUGAUAGUACUUAACGCUCCGUAAUCUCUAGAUCUUGAACAUCAUUCUUCAAGUUACAUGUUAUGUAACAAUCAGUUUCUGAAUGAAAUAAAGCCUUCUUAUUUUCAAUA